AAUUUCAUUGCAUCGUCGCAUCAAUGUGAUACAGCGGCACGAGUUUGCCCUCUCCUACAUAACUAAUACUCCCUCCGCCCCAUAAUAUAAAGAGCAUGGACGGAGGGAGUAGAUACACACAGUCCAACACGGAAGAUAAAUGGUUAUACUAUAACAUCAAAGAUGCAACAACUCUACUACUUCAGAAUCCCCUUUCUUGUGCUAAGUGCCAAGCACCCAAUUCAUUCCUACAGUUUGAACUUGGCAGGCCUGAGAUCUCGCUCCCCAUGGAGCUUUCGUUGACCUCGGCUCUGCUCCUCCUGCUCCUACCUCUACUCUGCAUCCUCCGCCUACGUCGGGACACCAGGAGGCAACCGCACGCCGACGGCCUCAAGGCCUACCCCAUCAUCGGCACGCUCCCACACUUCGUCAAGAACCAGGACUGCCUCGUCGAGUGGUCGGCCGGCGUCGUCGCUCGUUGCCCCACGCACACCAUGGUCUUCGACUUCAAGAGCCUUGGCCUCGUGGCCGGCGCCAUCACCGCAAACCCAGCCAAUGUGGAAUACAUCGUCAAGACCAACUUCCAGAACUACCCCAAGGGUGAGUUCGUGGUGUCUACCAUGGCGGACUUCCUCGGCCACGGCAUCUUCAACUCCGACGGCGACCAAUGGCUCUCGCAGCGCAAGGCCGCCAGCUACGAGUUCAGCAAGCGGUCGCUGAGGAACUUCAUUGUCAGCACUGUCCGGUUCGAGGUCGUCGAGCGGCUGCUGCCGCUGCUCUCCCGGGCAGAGCUAGAAGGCCUGACGCUGGACAUGCAGGACGUUCUCGAGCGCUUCGCGUUCGACAACAUUUGCUGCGUUGCCUUUGACGAGGACCCGGCGUGCCUCACCGACGAUGGCCUGGGGGUGAAUGGGCGUGCGGAGUUCAUGCAUGCCUUGGACGACGCGCAGAUCAUGGUCAUGGCCCGGUUCAUGUCGCCGGUCAAGUGGGCAUGGCGGGUCAAGAAGCUACUCAACAUGGGACCGGAGAGGCGGAUGAGCAAGGCGCUCGCCACGAUCCACGGCUACGUCGACAGAAUCAUCCGUGACCGCAGCGAGAGGGGAGCGGCCGGGCUGGCACGCAAGGACGACUUCCUCUCACGAUUCGUCUCCAGCGGCGAGCACAGCGACGAGAGCCUUCGUGAUGUGGUCACCAGCUUCAUCAUAGCCGGGAGGGACACGACCUCGUCGGCGCUCACUUGGUUCUUCUGGCUCGUGUCCCGCCGGCACGAGGUGGAGGACAAGAUUGUGCGCGAGAUAUGCGCGGUGCGAGCAUCCAGUGGGAGUGCGGAUGCAGCCUUCAACUUGGACGAGCUGCGCGAGAUGCACUACCUGCACGCAGCGGUCACGGAGUCUAUGCGGCUAUACCCGCCCGUGGCCAUGGACUCGCGUUGCUGCCAGCACGACGACGUCCUGCCCGAUGGCACGUUUGUCGGCAAAGGUUGGCAGGUCUCCUACAGCGCAUAUGCCAUGGCGCGGUUGGAGGAGAUAUGGGGCGAGGACUGUACAGAGUACCGGCCAGAGCGGUGGCUGGAUGAGGAGGGUGCGUUCCGGCCAGAGAGCUCGUUUAAGUACCCGGUCUUCCAUGCCGGGCCGAGGAUGUGCCUCGGCAAGGAGAUGGCUUACAUACAGAUGAAGUCCAUCGCCGCCUGCGUGUUGGAAAAGUUCAGCUUCCAGUUCGUCCGAGGCGAGAGCCGGCCAGGGCUUGUGUUCUCCGUGACCUUGCGGAUGGAGGGCGGCUUGCCGAUGCAAGUGAAGAAGAGGGGGCACUGAACAGCUAGGCAUGUUCCCUUUGCCUACAGGUUGCUCCUCCCUCUUGCCUACUGGUCUUAGUUCUACAUAAUCAGGUUCUAGCUUGUCUUGAGGUACCAUGGAUUCAGGCACUCCACAUCUUCACUAGAUGACUCAACGAAGAGCAAGCAGGUACUGGUACUAAAUAUGUAUUUAGAGACCAUAAAAGUGUGUGUUGUUUUGCAUUAGUUUAAUCCACUCAACUGUAUUGUAAA